UAUGAAGAUUUUAUGUUUAGUUAUGAUGUUACUUUUACAAAAUCUAGAAAUUGAUUGUGAAGUUUCAUUGAAUUGGUCAGAAUGGGGUAAUUGCAAGGCUACUUGUGGACAUGCCUCAAGAAGUAGCAGAUGUAGACCAAAUAUAGGAACUGGUAGAAAUUGUCCAAAUGGUCAAUACAGAAAUCAGUGGUGUCGUAACCUACCAAAAUGCCCUAUUAGCGGUGGAUGGUCAGAUUGGGGACAAUGGAACGAAUGUUCCCAAAACUGUAUACAAAACAGAACAAGAACUUGUACUAAUCCACCUCAACAAUACGGAGGUAACGAUUGUAUUGGAAAUGCAACAAUGUUUGCCAGUUGCAAUUUGACAGCUUGUAAAGCAUUAUAA